AUGUCUACGAUGGCGGAGGCGAUCCAGAACAUCGACGCGUUCCAGCGCGCGACGGUCCUCGGGCUCGUCCUCGGGUUCUCGCGCCCGGGGACGUCCGCGAAGGACGUGGAGCACGCCGUGGCGUCCCAGAACCUGUCGUCCAUGCUCAUCGCCUCGAACCAGACGGCUCACCAGACCGCCGCGUGCUCGGCGGCGGCCCUGGCGCUCGGGGGCGAUCCGCGGCAGCUCACCGCGCUGUUCUCCGCGCUGGCGACGCAGUUCUCGGAGCGCUGCGGCGAGAACGACCGCCACCUGGCACAAGCGGCGUGGGCCAGCCUCGAGGCCUCCGCGCUGGCCGCGGGGGACGCCGCGCGCGCGGUGCUCGUCAGCCAGUGCAUUCCUCCGGGUCUCGGCAUCCGGAAGGACCCCUGUAUGCUGCUCCUGAAGGCGCGGGCGCUCCUGGCGGGCGACGGGGAGGCUGGUCCGCGCCUGCGUGCUGCCAUCGAGGCCGCGGACGCCGCGGUGGCGACGAUCGAGAGCUCCUCGAUGGGGCUCAACGAGGAGGGCGGCCCGGUGCUGCCGCUCCUGGCCGGCGCGCAGCUGGGCGGCGGGCGGCGAGCCGCGCACCUCCGUGCAAUCGAGGCGCGGGCGCACAUGUACGCCGGCGUGGGGAUGGCGGCGCUGGCGUCCGACGCGGGAACGCCCAAGGAGAGGUGCCGGGGGCUGCGGAGCAAGGCGCUGGACCGGCUGAUGCGCGCGCAGGACCUCGACAGCUCGAACCUCCACAUCAUGCACAACCGCGCGCAGAUCCUCGCGGAGGAGCGGAACUUCGAGGGGUGCGUGCAGGGGUGCCGCGCGGUGCUCGGCCCGUCCCUGGCGGCGGCCGGCGCCACGUGGGUGCUCCUCGCGAACGCGCUGACCGCGUCCGGGCGGCACGAGGAGGCGCUGCGCGUCGCGCAGGCCGGUCUCCCGCACGGCGGGCCCUCCGCGCACCGCCUCCUGCUCCUCAUCGUCGCGCGGCUGCAGCUGAUGCUCCUGCAACACAACGACGCGAUCGACACCCUCGGGGAGCUCGUCGCGUCCUCGCACGGCGAGGUCUCGGCCGUGCAGGAGCAGCGGGAUGUCCCCGAGGCGUCCGGGAAGUCGGGCGGCACGGCGUCGUCGCUGAUGCUGGGCCUGCUGGUCUGGAUCGAGAUGGCGGGGGCGUUUCUGGCGCUGGGGAAGACGCCGGACGCGCGGUACUGCGCGGAGCGCGCGCUCAAGGCCGGGCCGGAGGAGCCCGGCGCGCACCACGCGAUGGGGUGCGUGCUGCUCGCGGAGGGCGACUCGGGCGCGGCGCUGGCGCGGUGGCAGUCGGCGCUGGUUCUGGACCCGCACCACCGCGCGAGCGCGCUGUCCGUGGCCGAGGCGCACGUGCGGCUGUGCCGCGAGGAGGUGUCGGAGGAGGGCCUGACCGCGUCGUCCAAGGCGCGCCGGAAGACGGUGGCGCACCUGCCGUCGUUCUCGGCGGCGGGGCCCGGGUCGCUGACGGUGCGGAUCAACGGGGACGCGCUGGCGCCCGUGGGCGCGGCGACGUCCGCGAAGGACCUGAGCGGGCGCUUGGUGGUCGCGGAGCAGCUCCUGCGGAACCUGCUGGCGGACGACGAGGGGGACUGGCGCGCGUGGCUGGUGCUGGCGCAGGUGCUCAAGAUAUCGGGGCGCGCGGAGGAGGCGCGCAGGGCACUCGAGAUCGGCGCGGCCGCCGAGGCGUGCGAGCCGAUCCUGCCGUUCAGCAUGCUCCCGCGGCCGCUGUGA